AUGGUGUCUCAGUUGGUGGAGCAUGAGCGGAUCGAGACCACCCUUCCCAAGGCCAAGGAGCUUCGACGGGUGGCGGACCAAGUGGUCACCCUCGGCAAGGAGGCCUCCCAGCACGCGAGGCGGCAGGCCAUGGCCAUCCUGCGGGGGGACGCGGAGGUGCACAAGGUCUUUUCCGUGCUAGCCCAGCGGUACAGCCAGCGUGACGGCGGGUACACCCGCGUCCUGCGCACGCAGCAGCGCGGCAACGACGCAGCGCAGAUGGCCUUCAUCGAGUUUGUGGACCGGCCCGGGGAGCUGCGGCCCGCGCGACCCGGCCGACCAGCCAGCCUCCUCCCGCCUGCCGCUCAGCUGCUGCAGCAGCAACAGCAGCAGUAG